GAGCUCGCAGGCAGCAUGGCGGGGCUGCGGGCCAGGCCGGGCUCGGGGCUCGGGCUGCUGGCGCUGUCCACGCUGGGCCUCUGCCUAAUGCUGCAAGUCGGCGCCAAGAGGCCCCCCAAGACGCCCCCGUGCCCGCCCAGCUGCUCCUGCACCAGGGACACCGCCUUCUGCGUGGACUCUAAGGCAGUGCCCAGGAACCUGCCCUCCGAGGUCAUCUCUCUGACGCUGGUGAAUGCUGCCUUUUCGGAGAUCCAGGAUGGAGCAUUUUCCCACCUGCCACUGCUGCAGUUCCUGUUGCUCAAUUCCAACAAGUUUACACUGAUUGGAGACAAUGCCUUCACAGGACUGUCUCACCUGCAGUACCUCUUCAUUGAGAAUAAUGACAUCUGGGCACUUUCCAAGUUUACCUUCAGAGGACUCAAGUCUUUGACACACCUCUCACUGGCCAACAAUAACCUGCAGACCCUGCCUAGAGACAUCUUUCGGCCCCUGGACAUCCUGAGUGACUUGGACCUGCGGGGCAACUCGCUCAACUGUGACUGCAAGGUGAAGUGGCUGGUGGAGUGGCUGGCACACACGAACACCACGGUGGCGCCCAUCUACUGCGCCAGCCCGCCCCGCUUCCAAGAGCACAAGGUGCAGGAUCUGCCACUGCGGGAGUUCGACUGCAUCACCACAGAUUUCGUGCUGUACCAGACCCUGUCCUUCCAAGCGGUGUCGGCCGAGCCCUUCCUUUACUCCAGUGACCUCUAUUUGGCUUUGGCCCAGCCAGGAGUCAGCGCUUGCACCAUCCUCAAGUGGGACUAUGUUGAAAGGCAACUUCGAGACUAUGAUAGAAUCCCAGCCCCCUCUGCAGUGCACUGCAAGCCGAUGGUGGUGGACAGCCAGCUGUAUGUGGUGGUGGCCCAGUUGUUCGGUGGCUCUUACAUUUACCACUGGGACCCCAACACCACACGCUUCACCAAGCUGCAGGACAUCGACCCUCAGCGCAUACGCAAGCCCAAUGACCUCGAGGCCUUCCGCAUCGAUGGCGACUGGUACUUUGCCGUGGCUGACAGCUCCAAGGCGGGGGCCACCAGCCUCUACCGCUGGCACCAGAACGGCUUCUACUCCCACCAGGCCCUGCAUGCUUGGCACCGUGACACUGACCUGGAAUUUGUAGACGGCGAGGGCAAGCCACGACUGAUCGUGUCCAGCAGCUCCCAGGCCCCCAUCAUCUAUCAGUGGAGUCGCACCCAGAAGCAGUUUGUGGCUCAGGGCGAGGUGACCCAGGUGCCUGAUGCCCAGGCUGUGAAACACUUCCGCGCAGGUCGCGACAGCUACCUGUGCCUCAGCCGCUACAUCGGCGACUCCAAGAUCCUGCGCUGGGAGGGCACCCGCUUCUCCGAGGUGCAGGCGCUGCCCUCCAGGGGCUCGCUGGCCCUGCAGCCCUUCCUGGUGGGUGGCCGCCGCUACCUGGCCCUGGGCAGCGACUUCUCCUUCACACAGAUCUACCAGUGGGAUGAGGGGCGGCAGAAGUUUGUGCGGUUCCAGGAGCUGGCGGUGCAGGCCCCUCGGGCCUUCUGCUACAUGCCUGCUGGGGACGCCCAGCUGCUCCUGGCCCCCAGCUUCAAGGGACAGACACUUGUGUACCGACACGUGGUGGUGGAUCUCAGUGCCUAG